AUGGGUACGCUCUACGCCCCAACACGACAGCGGCUGCGUAGCACAGGCUUGUCGCCUUCAGUCAGUCAUGUACCGAGAAUCCGCCCCAGCAUCCCAUCCACUCCAUCCAAAUGGGGCUCAAGAUUUCCCCCUCGCUGUCUCCCGCACCCCCCACAGCCACAGCCACCGCCACAGCCAGCGUUAACCCAUACUGUUGCUGGGGGAUCGAGAUGCCCAUGGUCUUCGGGACCCCCUCGCCGGGGUUUCCCGGCACAGGAUCAGACAUUCGACGCCGGAGGCACGUUGAGGAACCCGAUCCCGGUCCCUCUUCCCGCGACUGCUGGGCAGAUGGCGGCUAACUCGCUGGUGCAUUGCCUUGCUGGCGUCGCUGAAGAGCUCCUCCUCCUCCUCCUCCUCUCCGUCACUCAACCCGGUUCGUCGACAAGGUUUAAAUACCAUUCCCUGUCAGUUCUGAUUCUGGAGAUUCUGGACAUCCGGCUCAUAAACGAGGUGUUCCGUCGAUCCCGCCGCAGGGCCUUUGUGGAUGAGAUGGGAAUAGGUAAGGAUGAGACGCAGCCAACGCGGGCACGCAAGGGGCCCGAUCGGCCUGCAACCAAUCUCCCGCAGGCAAGGGUGGACAAACAGCUCUUUGUCCCUGCCACAGCAUAG